AGAGAAAGCGAAGGGGUGAAUUCUGUGCCUUUCCCUCUCGUAGUAUAUAUCUAUCAACCAGACCAGACCAAAUAGAUCAGCCUCUUUCCCUCUCACUCUUUCUCUGUCUCUCUGCACCUUUCUUUCACAACUCAUAAUCAAAAAAAGCAUAUCCAAGGUGUGGUGGUUAAGCUGUCCAUCUAUCAAUCAAUCAAUCAAGAGACCAAUCAUCAACCGAAUAUAAGAGAACGAAAAAAGGGGGCUACCCAAAAUGUCAUCCUCUUCCACCACAAUAUCACUGGACCACCUCCCUCCUUCCGAACAGCUUUGUUAUGUUCACUGCAAUAUUUGUGACACCGUCCUCGCUGUAAGUGUUCCCUGCACAAGCUUGUUCAAGACAGUCACUGUCCGAUGCGGCCAUUGCACUAACCUCCUGCCAGUCAACAUGCGCGGCCUGCUUGUGCCAUCUCCCACUCAAUUUCAUUUGGGUCACUCUUUCUUCUCCCCGUCCCAUAACCUUCUGGAGGAGAUACCAAACCCCUCUCCAAAUUUUCUUAUGAACCAAGCAAAUUUAACUGCUUCAAAUGACUUCUCUAUGCCUGCUAGGACUGCAGCUGAUGAGCUUCCACGGCCACCGAUCAUAAACAGACCUCCUGAGAAGAGACAGAGAGUCCCCUCCGCGUACAACCGCUUUAUCAAGGACGAGAUCCAACGCAUCAAGUCUGUCAAUCCCGAUAUAACUCACAGGGAAGCCUUCAGUGCAGCUGCCAAGAAUUGGGCCCACUUCCCACACAUCCACUUUGGUCUCAUGCCUGAUCAGACUGUGAAGAAGACAAAUGUGUGCCAGCAGGAAGGAGAAGAGGUUCUCAUGAAAGAUGGGUUUUAUGCUUCAGCCAAUGUUGGUGUCUCACCCUACUAAUUCACCACUCUGUUUUCUCUCUUCAACAAAUGCAAGAACAAAAGUUUUCCGACUUCACCAACCUUUCAAGCUCUUAACUUUAAUAUGUGCAUCUAUUUGUGCCUCAAGAGUGAUUAUGUUGAUAUAACUAAGAACUACUUCUACACUGUGACUGGCUCUUGGGAUUAUGCAUGCAUGUAGUUCUCUUAUGGUUAGACCUUAAUUAUUAACUUUCAUGUCCUUUAAUUUCCCCACUACUACUGCAGCUGAUUGCUUAUCUCUAAUCAAUAAUUAAUUAGCCAAACUUUCUACCAACAAA